CCCAAUUGGCACAGAAUCAAAUUUAUAUAUCAUGGAUGGUGUUUGUGCAGAUGAAGAACACAAGUUUCAGUCAGCCCACCAACUGUACCUUGCCACCAAGAAACCCUUCCGAGACCUAGAAAUCCCACCUCGCAAGCUUCUCACUCGUCGACUUGCUGCAACUCUUUCAUCUGAACAAUCCAUGGAUAUGAUCUACCAUCAGCUUCAGAAUGACUCCCCUAGGGAAGAAACCCUCUUUCAGAAAUUCCUUCCUUACAAUUCUGGUCUCGAUGAUGACUCCGAUCCCUAUGCUUCUGACCACUUUCGGAUGUAUGAAUUCAAGAUUCGCAAGUGUACUCGUAGCAGAUCCCAUGAUUGGACUGACUGUCCUUUCGCUCAUCCUGGUGAAAAGGCUCGCCGGAGGUGCCCUCGUCGGUUUAACUAUUCUGGUACUGUGUGUGCGGACUUCCGCCGUGGCAGUUGUAGCCGUGGAGAUUCCUGUGACUUUGCUCAUGGGGUUUUUGAGUGUUGGCUUCAUCCAUCUCGUUAUCGUACUGAAGCGUGCAAAGACGGCAAGAAUUGCCAAAGAAAGAUCUGCUUUUUUGCUCACACUCCUGGCCAGCUCCGGUCGCUGUCACCGGCGGAGACGGUGGUUUCACCUAAUAAGCAUGUGAAUUCCGGCCAUUGUGCUUACUGUCGCUGCCAUCCAGGUAUACAUCACACCAAUUCGCCUACCUCUAUUCUCGAUAUGGAUAAAUUAUCUCCACCCACUUCGCCCCCAUUCUCUCCGGCCCAACCUGGGGCUGGGUUUUCUCCGAUCUCCCGUUUUUCUGACAGGUUAGCUCGCACAGAGUCAUGUGGGAUGACUCAGCUUGGCAAUGGCAGUUCUAGCUACAAAGAUUCCAAGAAUGAUAUCUUGAUCCCUCAGGCAAUAAAAGACCUCAUGCAGUCCAUGAAAAGUAUGAAUAUGAAUGCAAUUGAGGCUCCUAAUAGAAAUUCGAUGUGGAUGGAUUCUUUCAUUGGUGGUGACGAUCAGUCAUUGUUUGCUUUCUCUCCUUCGACUUCGUCACCAUGCUCAUCUGGGUUGGGUCGGGCUUUCCCUAGAGAUUGCAAUUUUGGUAUGAACAACCUCAAUGAAGACAAGUUCGUGAACGAUCAGAACUCGACGGCUGGUCCAGAUCUUGACUGGGUGAAUGAUCUUCUCACUUAGAUCGAUGAUGAUCAACAGAAGGAGGUGUACAUAUAUGAAGAUGAAGAAGAAGAAGAAGAAUGUUUACUGGGGAUUGCUGUCAUAAUUAUUAUUAUUAUUAUUUUCCAUUAUUAGAUUAUUAAAAAUGCAAUGACUGUUAAUUUCCAAGUGUUUAAAUUGGGUGAGUUCGUGUGUUUAAAUGUGUCAGCAGAAAGCUAGUUUUGUUGUAAUCUUGGAUAAAAGAGAGAGAGUGAUGAUAAAUGAUGUACUGAAAUGGUAAAUAUCGUAAAUUCAUGUGAAUGAGCAUAUAUUCAUUC